AUGAAGUCUGAAGCUGCAGCCAUCGACUGGGUCCAGAUAGAUGCCAACUCCUCCGUGCUCCAUGAUGAGUUCAUUGCCCACAGACUGGGUCUCAUCCCGCUCACCAGCGAUGACAUCGUGGAUAAGAUGCAAUAUUCCAGAGACUGCACGUGUGAUGAGUUCUGCCCGGAGUGCUCCGUGGAGUUCACCCUCGACGUUCGCUGCAACGAGGACCAGACUCGUCACGUCACCUCCCGAGAUCUCAUCUCCAACAACCCCCGAGUCAUUCCGGUGACAUCUCGGAGCAGAGACAACGACCCCAAUGACUACGUUGAGCAGGAUGAUAUCCUCAUUGUGAAGCUGCGGAAGGGCCAGGAGCUGAGGCUUCGAGCCUAUGCCAAGAAGGGCUUUGGCAAGGAGCACGCCAAGUGGAACCCCACGGCUGGUGUAGCCUUCGAGUAUGACCCAGACAACGCCCUCAGGCACACUGUUUACCCCAAACCUGAGGAGUGGCCCAAGAGCGAGUACUCGGAGAUCGACGAGGAGGAUGCCCAGGCUCCCUAUGACCCCAAUGGGAAGCCAGAGAGGUUUUAUUACAAUGUGGAGUCCUGUGGUUCUCUGCGCCCCGAGACCAUUGUUCUCUCUGCCCUGUCUGGCCUGAAGAAGAAGCUGAGUGACCUCCAGACCCAGCUGAGCCAUGAGAUUCAGAGUGACGUCCUCACCAUAAACUGAGAUGGCCCCUUGCAAGAAGGCAUGAGCAGUGCACCAGGUUCCUCCCUCUUCCGGCUGG